AUGUGUUUUUGUGUUUUUCUCCCCCCCCCCCCCCCUCUCUCCCGGAUAGCCCGGGCCGCCUUGGAAGCAGUCUCUGGAAAGGCUGGAAACCUAGCUUUGGCUCUUUUCCAUGAAGAUGAGAAGUACUAUUCCGUUCGAAUUGUCAAAGACAAUGGCGACGACACAUUCGACAUUGAGUGGUGUGAGGAUGAUGCAGAAGACACUGUAAAUUUAGCUGACCUCAGGCCGAACACCAAGCUCUUCAAAAAGGGGGACCUCGUGAUUGCAAAGUGCAACGAAGAUGGGAGGAAGUAUACUGCUGUCGUUCAAGAGAACAAUGGCAAAGGCAGCGUUACCGUGCAGUAUGUGGAAGACGAGACAGAGGAGGAGGUGCUUCUGGACAAUAUGUGGUCCCAGAAGAAGAAGUUUAAGAAAGGCCAAAAGGUUGAGGCACAGUUUCCCGAUGACAAAGAGUGGUACCCUGCCACCAUCAAAGAGAUGGUUGGCAGCGGCAAGUACCUUGUGGAGUGGGAAGAUGCAGAUGGAGGAGAUCCAGAAAGCGAGCUUGUGUUGGAUCACAUCCAGAUACCCAGGGUUGCGUUGGACACCCUGGAAAUUGGGCAGAAGCUGCGAGGAGAGGUGAAAAGAGUGAUGGAUUUCGGUGCUUUCGUCGAUGUUGGUUGCUACACCGAUGGGCUGAUUCACAUCUCCAAAAUGGACAUCGGACGGGUUGACAAUCCACAUGACUACGUGGAGGAAGAUCAGGAGCUCGACGUUUGGGUGUGCUCUAAAGACCCCGAACAGAACAGGCUUGGACUUACCAUGGUCGAAGGAAAGUUGGGUGGUGGACCAAGGGCGCGGCGAGAGGUGGUCAACCCUAUUGCAGACAUAAAUGUUGGCGAUGAGUACGAGGGCACUGUGGAGAGCAUCAGGGAGUUCGGCGCCUUUGUUGACAUCGGGGCAGAGAGAGCUGGGCUGGUGCACAUCUCGCGUCUUGCAGAAGGAUUCGUUGAAAACCCCCACGACCAUGUGUCCGAAGGUCAGAAGGUCCAGGUGUGGGUGCAUUCCGUUGACGGCGACAGGCUUGGUCUAUCCAUGAAAAGGACUGGACUUGUUGUGCCUGCUGGCACCCAGGUUGAGAAACUCCGUGCAGAUGGCGACAAGCGCGGGGAGGUUCUCAUGUUGCACAAGCUGGCUACCAUGUCCCCGUAUCCAGACUAUGCGCUCAACACAGCUCAGGCAGCCGUGGAGCUAGCACGCAAAGAAGGCUUCGCCAUGGAGGAGAAGGCUCUCAAGCGGACAUUGACUCAACUCUACGCAGCGAAGGGCAACAUCGACAAGGCACCCAAUCGACGAGAAGCAUUGCUUUUACUGCAGGACCUGGCGCGAGAGUUGGAGAGGAAGGAUGGCGAUAAGUUCGACGAUGCGAACAAGAACUUGGAAGGUUUUUGGAUGGCCCUCAAGCAGAGUGACGUCGAUGCUGCCAUGCAGAAAGUCGUCUCUCGGGAUCCCGUCACCUAUCUCCAGUUCCUCAAAGAGCAUGGGGCCAACGUAGCGGUGCCCGGUGAGAAGGCAGCGCCUCCUCCCGGAGCUGACGUCCAGGGGCUGGGGCUGCAGAAUAAGCUGCUGACCGGCCCAAAGCCUUACCUUUACCUCAGUUUCAGGGUUGGUGGCAUCAGCUACGGUCCAAGGUAUCGCUGUUGCGAUCUCCCCAUGGGAGUGGGAGGUGAACCGGGCUCUGCCGUUGGUGUCCUAGCACUUCAGGACACGUCCGACGACUGGGAGCGCGAGCUGCAGUACAACCCGUCCAUCUUGGACCCCUUGUGGAUUGUGCUCUGCAGAACGGCGCUGCAGGCUUGUUUGUGGAGAACCGCAACCUUUGACAUUGACUCCGCUGAGUUGCAUCUUUGCAUCUUCCGCUUCCCAUCACAGCCACCAGCGCUUAGGCAAGGCUCUGGUUCAGUUCCAGCUUUGCUCUCUUUCCGGGGCCUGAAGUCCCAGUACAUAGACACAAUGUCUCUUUGCCUCGCCUGGUGGCAGCCACUCUUCAAGCAAGAGGAAAAUCCAAGCAAGGUUGGUUCGCGUGUAGCGCUCGCCAGGUCGUGCGUGGACGAGUGUGCGCGACUGCACUUCGAAACCAGGAGCCGCGAGGCCGAUGAGCCAGAGUGCGACCCGGCAGGUGCCGUGUUCCAAGAGACGCUUCUGGGCUUGCCACCGCGGGACCAGGAGGGCUUGCUCUUUGCUGGCACUGCCAAUCUGGUCGCCCUUCGCUGGCUCCUGCUUCUGGGAGCCAAUCCGAAGGCACGCGAUCGAAAUGGAACAACCUUGCUACACGCAGCCUGCCGCAGUGGCAGCUUUCUGGUGGCCCAGGAGCUGCUGCGGCGGGAGCUGCCUCUCGACGCAACAGACUCAGCAGGUUGGACGCCCUUGCAUGUGGCGGCCAUGAUGGGUCGUCGUGAAUUGACGCAGCUGCUUCUGCAGGCCCAGAUCAAUCCUCACGUUCCGAACAAGCGUGGGGCGACUCCCCUGGACUUGUGCAGCGACGUCUCGACGCGGGAGGCCCUGCGCACCUUUGCGAUGAAAGUACCAGAAGUCGCGUCUUCGCGGAUAAACUCCAUCGAGGAGUUUCAGAGACUCGCCCGUGUGCAAGGUGAGGUGGGCGAAGACCCGACCGCCACAUGCGAGCCCUUCUUCGUCCCAAGGCAGCCCAUUUUCGAAGACGAGGCACACUACAAGGUGUUGGUUAACAUCGGCCUGGAGAUGGCCCACAAGAGUGCUGCCCACGCGCUCGCUUUCUUUGUGGCCACAGGCGUUGUGCACGAUCACCCCACCGAUCUUAGCGCGUUCCUCAUUGAGAACAAGGUCAAUCCUAGCCAAUUGGGCGAGUUCAUGGGUGAGGAUUUUUCGCUGGCACAAACUCUCCGGCUUGCCUUCGUCCACACCAUGGAUCUGGCAGGCACAGGAGUGGUUGGCGCUUUGCGCAAGGUCUUCAGCUACAUGAGACCACCCACAGAACUGAGCAAGAUUGACCGCAUCACAGCGGCUGCUGCUCAUCUGUGGUGGCGCACCCACGACCUGGAUGAUGCUCAGCCAUACCUUGGGAUGCAGGAGGCAGACGAGGCAUUGGAAUGGACGCUGUUUUCAGAGGCAGCUGCAUAUGCUUCACACUUGCACGACUUUUUGUUGCUGUGGCGCAAGAUGCCACGUGUGAUGCUACCUCUGGUAAGUGUACAUCUGCCUCGGGUGAGCCACAUGGUGGAUCUCUUGUGGAAGCUUGCCAAAACGAAUGUGGAGGAGAAUAUGGUCUUUUUUAGUGCAUGCGAUGUGUCUCUCCUCAUCAAUGGCGGCUUCUCGCCCCUGACUGGCUUCAUGAAGAAGGCCGACUACGACUCUGUGGUCGAGAACAUGCGCUUAACAUCAGGGCAUCUGUUCGGCUUGCCGGUCGUACUGGAUGUGGCGGACGAGUCCCUGAAGGGUAAAAAGGUCCUCCUUACCUACCAACAGGCCAAGCUUGCUGUCUUGGAGGUUGAUGAAAUCUGGAAGCCAGACAAGGUGAAGGAAGCCAAGGCCUCGUAUGGCACCACGUCGACCGAGCACCCCUCGGUGGCCGAGCUUUUCUCGGAUCUUGGAAAGUUCUAUGCUGGAGGCAAACUGCAUGGCCUGGUGACGGGUUUCGAGAUGGUUUGGGGCAAAGGCUUCCGGACCCCGAAAGAGGUCCGAGCUUCCCUGCCAGCUGGCAAGCAGGUGGUUGCAUUCCAGAAUCGCAACCCGGUGCACAAAGCGCACUUCGAACUGCUGGUCCAUGCCAACAAGGAUGUCGAGAACUCGAUCAUCUUUGUGCAUCCCACUUGUGGGCCAACGCAGCCUGGGGACAUCGAUGGCCCUACACGAAUCAAGACUUAUGAAGUCCUGCAAGAGGAGCCUGAGUACAAAAAAUGGGCAGGCGAUAACUUCAGAUGGUCGUACCUUCCCUACUCCAUGAAGAUGGCUGGACCCCGGGAAGCCAUCCAGCACAUGAUCAUCCGAAAAAACUUUGGUGCAACUCACUUCAUCAUCGGCCGUGACAUGGCAGGGACGAAAAGCACACUGACCAGCGAGGAUUUCUACGGUGCCUACGAGGCGCAAGACAUGGGCAAAAAGCACUCGGCAGAGCUCAGCGUGAAGGUUGUUGACUACCCGAACAUGGUGUAUGUCGGCCAGGAGAAUGGCAAUGAGAGAGGCUACGCCACAGACGUUGACGCCAAGGCCAAAGGCGUCAAAAUCAACAAGCUUUCUGGCACAGAGUUCCGCAAGCGCUUGCGGAGCGGCGAAGAGAUCCCAGAGUGGUUCGCUUUCCCGAAGGUGGUCAAGGUUGCGCACCUGCAACUGCGCACCUGCAAAAGGCAGAAGCCGGAGGUGGACAGGCGGGUCGAAGCGGCAGAGGGUGAGGUCGUGAGCCCGGAGCAAUGUAGCAGUGGCUACAGGCUGCUGUUCUCCACAGUGCUGCUCUGCUGGAACAUCCGCAGGGUGCUUCCGGACUCGGAGGGCGGCAGCAAUGCACGACUGUCCUUCCAAGAGUGGCUGGAAGUGAACUCCAAAAUAGAGGCAGACGGGACAACACCCUCCGUCGCAGUGCAAAAGUGCAUCUACAACACCCUUCUUCAAGAUGAGUGUCCAGAGCUUCUCCCGGAUGCCUCGGUGAAGAACGCCAUGCCGGAGUUCCAGGAGGCUCCUGAGGACACCUCCUCUGCCUUGCGCGCUGCUGGGCAGGUGGCUGGCGACACAUUGAACGGAUGGGCUUCGAUCCCUCCUGGUGGACUCGAGCGCUACGAUGUGCCGAUGCCGCACGGCCAUCAAGGUGGGCUGUCUGGUGCAAAGCUCUCGCACUGUGUCCUGAGCGAGACCUCCAGCAGCUUUCUCGACCGUGGCCACAAGAACGGCAUCAACUUGCUGCAGCCAGAGGUGACCGCAGGGGAGGCUGUGUGGAUGUCUCUGAAGUAUGCUGUCUGGCUGUUCUUCUCUACGUCGCCGGAUGACCCUGCGCCGUACGUCUUCAUCCGUCUUCAGGAUACAGUUCUGCGCGAGACCAACCUGCGUGAGAAGAGCAUCGUCCUCUCUGGAAGGAUGAAAAAGUCUGCAGAUGACGAUGCGGCAGGUCCAUUCGGCGAUUCAGCUCGCGAGCCCUUGCGGCUCUGCUUCCUCCUCGCAGAUGGCAGAUUUCAGCUCUUCGAGGCCCUGUGGCUUGAACUGCAGCUGACAUCGGAAGAGGAGAUGCAGAUGUGGGCUCGUGCUCUCUCCAACGCAUGCCUUGCAGAGUGA